AUGUGCGCCCAACAGUGCAAGGUGCCUGCUGACCUCUUUUUCCUCGUGCGCGCCGGCCUUUGGCCUUUGGUGCUUGGUCGGUUCAUUGAGGUUGACCUCUGCAGCUUCAGCAUAUGGCUCCAGGUGCUGACGAGAGAUGGCUUUCCCUAUCCGUACAACGGGGCCAUUUCAGGGCUCUUCUCAGGGGCAGUGCUCAGCAUCGUGAAUCGCUGGGAUCGAGAUUCCACACUCUGGACCAUGGCCGGGAGCUCCGUGCUCAGCAUCUUGUCCCACUAUGCUACCGAAGGGCAGAGCAUGAAUGUCAAGGCUGAAGGCAAAAGAACGCCAGUGAGAAGUGAAUGA